AACCAAGUACAUGUUUGGUUUUGAGAUAACAUAAUAGAAUCUGUUGGACUCGAAAUAUUUUUAUUUCCUUAUUUUCGUCUGUGUUUUCAGGGAGAAGAUGAAGUAUGUGCUUGUAACAGGAGGUGUUGUAAGUGGAUUAGGAAAAGGAAUCACAGCGAGUAGUAUUGGUGUUCUUCUUCAAUCAUGUGGUCUUCGUGUUACUUGUAUCAAGAUAGAUCCUUAUCUAAACUAUGAUGCUGGAACCAUGUCUCCUUAUGAACAUGGAGAAGUGUUUGUCUUAGACGAUGGCAGUGAGGUGGAUCUUGAUCUUGGAAACUAUGAGAGGUUUCUAGAUUGUACAUUAACCAGAGAUAACAAUAUCACUCUUGGAAAGAUUCAACAGCAUGUUAUGGAUAAAGAGAGGAGAGGAGAUUACUUAGGAGCUACUGUUCAGAUUGUUCCUCACGUCACUGAUGCAAUAAAAGAAUGGGUGGAGAGAGUUGCCAUGCUUCCUGUAGAUGGAAAGGAAGGUCCUCCUGAUGUUUGCAUCAUCGAGUUAGGUGGAACUAUAGGAGAUAAUGAAUCUAGACCUUUCACUGAUGCACUUAGCCAAUUAUCAUACAGUGUUGGACCUGAGAAUUUCUGUCUGAUCCAUGUCACCCUCGUGCCUGUGCUCAGUGUUGUUGGUGAACAAAAAACAAAACCUACUCAGCACAGCGUUAGAGAUCUACGAGGAUUGGGCUUGACACCUGAUAUUUUAGCUUGUCGAAGCACACAGGUACUUGAAGAGACUGUAAAAGGAAAGCUAUCUCGAUUUUGCUAUGUUCCGAUCCAGAAUAUCUUCUCUCUCCAUGAUGUUCAUAACAUUGGGCACAUUCCCUUGUUGCUCAAGGAUCAGAAGACUCAUGAAGCAAUCUCAAAAGUUCUGAACCUUGCUAGUAUUGCUAAAGAACCUUCUUUAGAGAAAUGGGCUUCGUUGGUGGAAAUUAGUGACAACUUACAUGUACAAGUGAGAAUAGCUGUCGUUGGGAAAUAUACAGACCUCUCAGAUGCAUAUCUAUCAGUCUUAAAGGCCCUUAUGCAUGCUUCUGUGGCUUUUGGCAAAAAGCUUGUAGUUGAUUUGGUUCCAUUCUCUGAUCUUGAAAUAACCACAAAGAAAGAGAACUCAUGCGCAUACGAGGCUGCCUGGAAGUUACUGAAGGGCGCAAAUGGAGUUCUUCUCCCUGGAGGGUAUGGUGAAAGAGGAAUGGAAGGGAAGAUUCUUGCAGCAAAAUACGCUCGAGAAAACAACAUACCUUUCCUAGGUAUCUGUCUUGGGAUGCAAGUCGCUGUCAUCGAGUUUGCACGCUCAGUUCUCUGCUUGCCCGAUGCAAAUAGCACAGAGUUCAAUCCUGAAACCACACAUCCAUGCAUCGUUUUCAUGACUGAAGGCUCCACGACUCAUAAGGGAGGGACAAUGAGAUUAGGCUCAAGAAGAGCGUACUUCCAUGUCAAAGACAGUAUAUCUGCAAGGCUAUAUGGGAACAAAGAGUUUGUAGAUGAGAGGCAUCGCCAUAGAUACGAGGUGAAUCCUGAUAUGGCUGUAUCCCUAGAGAAGGCAGGUCUCUCAUUUGCUGCAAAAGAUGAGACUAACAAACACAUAGAGAUUGUUGAAGUUCCAGGCCACCCCUUUUUCAUUGGUGCUCAAUUCCAUCCUGAAUACAAAUCUAGACCUGGGAAAGUAUCUCCAUUGUUCUUAGGACUAAUAGCAGCAUCAUGUGGUGAGCUAGAUGCAGUUCUGAGUCCAUUCUCCAUUCAACAAGACAAAAACCAACAUGUGGUACUUGGAACAAGGGUUGAACCAGAAACUGGUUUUUGUAGUGGAACCAACAAGACAUCUCAGAAACAGCGUCUCCUAUGUGGCGGUGUGAGCAAUGGCAGUGGAGGAAAGUUAACGCCAGGGAAACCGGGAAGUGGUGCCGGAGGUGAUGACUGUGACGGUAACGGUAAUGGAAAAAGGGGGAAAUUUCCUGGGAACGGAGGAAAGAGUGACGGUAACGGAGGAACGCCGGUGAAAGACAACCCCGGUGGAAAUAGGUUUUUCAUUUCAUCUGUUGGAUUCUGAUCGUUGAGAUGGCGAGCUGCGGUUGUUUCCGGCGAGAGGUGGAAGAGCAGAAUUAGGGUUAGGGCUAAAGUGGUUACUGAAGAGGUCAUUUGUUUAUGUGUGUUUUUUUCUUCUUCUUGUAUGUUUCUGUCUGUUGCAAUAGUUGAUGUUUAGUAUGAGUGAGUAUAUAUAGGCCUUUUUCACACAACUAAACGAACUUUUUCAUUUAUUUUAAAAUCUAUCAUUAUGUUUUUACCAACCAUGUACCUGCAUAUUGUAAAUUGCAGUAAUUUUAUUGACAAAAUUAAAC